GUCCAUCACCCAUAAAUUAGGGUUUUCAUUAUUACUAUUAUUAUUAUUAUUAUUAUUAUUCGCUUCGAGGGUUUUCAUUUUCAAUUGAUUAUUUGCUCUGUCUUUCUGCAAGACUUUUUUCUCUUUUGUCUUUCACUACGUUGCCGUCUUAAUCUUCGGCAAGCAAUUACAAUUACUCUCAUUCUCUCUCUUUCAAAAGAUAUGAGUUUUAAGCUAAUUUCUUUUUUGCUUCAAAGUCUCAUUUAAGUUGCUUUCUUGGCUUCUGUUUUUACUAAACUAGUUCAGUUCAGUUUCUAACUUGUUAAUUUGAUACUACUGAAAAGAGGAAGUUUAUGACUUUAGUUUUAAAGUUUAAUGGAUUUUUCUUUUUAUAGCUGACCAGGUAGUCUGUUAGUGCCUGCUUGCAUGUGGUCAAUUAAAUUGUUGUAGCAUUUGAUUCUGUUUGUUUAUUUUUCUUUUUAAUUUUCUCUGCUGAUUCCACUGAGUUUUAAUAUCAAAAUCGAUUUUGGAAAAGGUAUAUUCACACUCGGAGAUUAUUGUUUUGUCAGGUUUGAUCAAUAUCAGGCUUGCACAGAGGAAUGCCUGCUAUUUGAAUUAUGCAUUGCGUCAGUUGGUCUUCAUAGGCCAAUAAAGUACAGAAAAUAUCUAUGAUUUCCUGAGACGUGCAAUUUCCAGUUGUAAGCUUUAAAAAAGUUGAAACUUGCUAGAAGAAUUGUUUUGGGGAAGUUUUAUAGAAAAUAGCUAAGACGGGUUCACUCUGUUGUGUGGCUGCAAGGCCACAUGGAUCGAACAUGGCCAGUGGGGACUGGUCCAUGGGUCAGUAUGAGCCUUACUGGCGAACUAAUACAAGCUUCUCACCACCCCCAUCAAGAUGGGAUUUUAGUUUUCCAUCAGAAGAGCUUCUGAAUGAUUUGCCUGAUAGUAAUUUAUCGCAGGAGUCUUCAGCAUCAUUUAGCAACAAUAAAGAAAGUACAUGGAUGAGAGGCAACCAAUUUUGUGAUCAUCAAUGUUCUGCAUCUGAUAGUGCAGGCGCCUUCUUUAGUAGUUCUCCUGAUCUUUCUCCAGGCCCUGAAUGGACGCCUCCAGCAAUACAGGAAAUCAAUGCUGAUGAGUAUGAAACUGCAACAAAGCUAGGUCAAGUUUUGCAGCAACUACCCUCCAAGGCUGCAAUGGAGAAAACCUAUAGGAAUCCAGAGAGCGGGAGAUCCACUACAUCCUGUUAUUAUAGCAGCGAUUCGGAGCCCAAACUCAAACCAUGUCUGUCCACUCACUGUAACUUCUUGGGGCAUCGUUCCCUUUUGUCCAAACCUAUCCAUCCUUUGUUCUUUCCCACACAAGCUGAAGGAGAUGCUUCUGAAACUCCAUCUACUGGGACUUCAGAGUUUCAUGCUGCUUCCCUACAGAGAGAUGUCCAUUGUUGGAGCAGUGCUAGCAGUAGCAAAGAUUUUACUGAUAUCUAUGAUACAUUUGAGUCUGAAAGCUUGAGUCAAUCAUGUUCAUCUGAUGGUUUUAGAUGCGGAUUGUGCGAAAAGCUUCUUUCGCAAAGAUCCCCGUGGAGUUCUCAGCGGAUUGUGAGGAGUGGAGACAUGCCUGUUGCUGGGGUUCUUUCAUGUUGUCAUGUUUUUCAUGCAGAAUGUUUGGAACAGGGGUCACCUAAGGAAUAUAAAAGUAACCCUCCUUGCCCUAAAUGUAUCAAAUUGGAGGGUAGAAAUUCCACAGAGCUGCAAGGUUUUCAGCGGGUGAGGAAUGAUUUCCCUACUCUUAGACCAUUUUCUGAGUAUGGAUCAUCUAGGCCCUGGGGCCAUGUGCCAAUAGGAGAUUGUGUUGAAGUGGCAUCACAUCCACCCAAACGAAAUACUAUGUCGUUACUCAAUCGGCACGCAAUGAAAAAGAAUCUUUCUUAGGGUAACUCUAGCAAGGAAUUUCCAGGGAAGCUGAAGAAGACUGGCACAUAUUCUUCAAAGUUGCUGAGUGGAAAGUCUGUUGAUUUGGGACAGUUGGGUAUGAAGAGAUGGUAAUUGGAAUGUGAAUGUGAUUUUACUUUUUUCAUGUAGUUUACUUGUUGAUUAUAUCACAUCUGCUAAACAGAUGCCUAGCAAUUAGCAAUAGGAACAGAUAACUGAGUCAUUUUGUAUAGUAAUUUUUGCCGACUGUUUAUUGAGAUUGGUUUUGGAACA